AUGCAUCACAGAGUGAAGGGAAGAUGUGCACCUCUCUGCUUUCCACACCCUCCCACAGAGCAGACCGGUCAUUCUAAUACGCCGUUAAUACAUGGAUAUGCAGCACGAAGGAUAAACUGUAACAAAGGGACCGCUCAGUAUAUAAACUCCUCGGAGGAUCAUCUUCUCAGUUCGCCGCGCUUCUUCAGUCCUUCAUUGGGCAAUCUAAUAUUGGUGCUGUCAUGCAUCGGUAGUAAUGUUCUGGCGGGUCUUCUGCCGGGAGGUGGUGCCGAGGGAUAUCAGUACAACCGACCAGGUGGUGGCGGUGGAUUCGGCAAUGGUGGAUAUGCUAAUGAUGCCGGUUUUGGGGGUGGUCACAACGGCAAUUUUGGAGUGAGCAGUUAUAGGGGAAGAAUUAGUCAGGGAUAUGGUCCACCAAACAGCAUCGACGAUACUUUCGGCAAACCGGGCGGUUUCGGAGGACAAUCGUCGUCUUAUAGACAAAUCGGUAGCGGUGGUGGAUAUCAGGACAAUAAUGCUGGAGGAAAUCAAGGUGGAUAUGGAUACAGCGGACGUGAUGAAGGAAGGCCGCAACCAUAUAGCUUCCACUACGAGGUCGUCGAUCCACCAAGUGGCAAUGAUUAUUCUCAGCGCGAGAGCAGUGACGGUAAUAUUGUUCAAGGAGAAUAUAGAGUAUUGUUACCGGAUUCGAGGACGCAGAUUGUCCGGUACACGGCUGAUGACGUAAACGGAUAUAAUGCGGACGUUCAAUACGAAGGGCAGGCUCAAUAUCCUCGUGGAGAUUACGGACCGGGAGGAUAUCAAGAAAGCGGCUUUGGUGGCGGUUAUCAAGGAGGUAGAGGAGGUAGUGGUUUUAACGACGGCGCUAGCAAUCAAUAUCUGCCGCCGCGCAAUGAUUAUCACAAAUAA